CCCCUCGCGCUUCCGGGUUCCGCCUCGGCUCGCACACAUCCUGACCGUCUGAUCACUUCACUCGGACCCCGGAGCUCACCGGCGCUUUAACCCGCUCGAGAUGGCCGCACGGUUACCGGCAUGCGUUGUGGAUUGUGGCACCGGGUACACUAAACUGGGAUAUGCAGGAAACACAGAACCACAGUUCAUCAUUCCAUCAUGCAUAGCCAUUAAAGAGUCUGCAAAGGUGGGAGAUCAAGCGCAGAGGAGGAUGAUGAAGGGUGUGGAUGACCUUGACUUCUUCAUCGGAGACGAGGCCAUUGAUAAACCCAAUUAUGCCACCAAAUGGCCAAUAAGACAUGGAAUUGUUGAGGACUGGGAUCUGAUGGAGAGAUUUAUGGAGCAGGUGAUCUUUAAGUACUUGAGGGCUGAACCUGAAGAUCAUUACUUCCUGCUGACUGAACCACCGUUAAACACGCCAGAAAACCGUGAAUACACGGCCGAGAUCAUGUUUGAGUCCUUUAAUGUGCCAGGCCUGUACAUUGCUGUGCAGGCUGUUUUGGCGUUGGCGGCGUCGUGGACAUCCCGUCAGGUGGGGGAGAGAACACUUACAGGAACCGUCAUUGACAGCGGUGAUGGGGUUACACACGUCAUUCCAGUGGCGGAAGGCUACGUGAUUGGCAGCUGUAUUAAACACAUUCCCAUUGCGGGGCGGGACAUCACAUAUUUCACACAGCAGUUACUGAGGGAACGAGAGGUGGGCAUCCCGCCAGAACAAUCGCUGGAGACGGCGAAAGCUGUUAAGGAGCGUUUCAGUUACGUGUGUCCCGACCUGGUGAAAGAGUUUAAUAAAUACGACACAGAUGGAUCUAAAUGGAUCAAACAGUACACUGGGAUCAACGCUAUCAGCAAGAAAGAGUUCACCAUUGAUGUGGGGUACGAGCGAUUCCUGGGACCAGAAAUCUUCUUUCAUCCUGAGUUUGCUAAUCCUGACUUCACUCAGCCCAUCUCAGAAGUAGUCGAUGAGGUCAUUCAGAACUGUCCAAUUGAUGUCCGCCGUCCGCUCUAUAAGAACAUCGUUCUGUCCGGCGGUUCCACCAUGUUCCGAGACUUUGGUCGUCGUAUGCAGAGAGAUUUGAAGAGAACAGUGGAUGCUCGAUUGAAACUCAGCGAGGAACUCAGUGGAGGAAAACUCAAGCCUAAACCAAUCGACGUUCAGGUCAUCACCCAUCACAUGCAGAGAUACGCUGUGUGGUUCGGAGGAUCCAUGCUGGCAUCCACUCCGGAGUUCUACCAAGUUUGUCACACCAAGAAGGAUUACGAAGAGAUUGGGCCCAGCAUCUGCCGCCACAAUCCUGUGUUUGGAGUCAUGUCUUAAAUACUUUAACACACACACACACAGUGGAUGGUUGGGUGCAGACGCAGCAACGAUUACUUUUCUAUUGUUGGUCCUCUCAGAUAGUAAAACAGUCGAUGGCUGCUGGAAACAGAGUUUCUUACUUUUUUUAUUUUAUCUCAAUGUAAACAAAUCAAACAGCUUCAGUCUGGUGUGAUGUUAUGGAAAAUAACUGAUCAUGAUGCUAUUGAUGAUGAAAACUGGACUGGAUUGAAUAUUAUUGUGCUGUAAAAGAAAUCACAUGUUAAACUGUGUGUUUGGAUGAAUCCUGUCUCUCUUUUAAAGUUUUGUGGAAGAAAAAACGCCUUCCAAAACAAAGCAAAGUUAUUCUUUUGCUACUUUGCUACUUUCCUGUCCUUCAACAUUUGUAACUAAAGGAAAAUAAAAAAAUCCCAUAAUCUUGAUUUUCUUUGCUCAUGGUGUUUUAGAUUCUCACCUGCUUUUACUUUCAUUAUUGAAAAAUGAAUAAGACGAUGAUAAUGAUGAGCUAAAGUGGAAUAAUGACAGUAUUAACAAGCUUGUUUCCAUAAACUAAAGAUGGUUUGAAAAUAAAAAAUGUAAAGGCAAGAACAUUCCAAUUAAAGCUCGUCCUUUCUAAUGAA